AUGUCUGAAAGAACAUUAGAUUUUGUGGAUUAAAGAAAUCAAGUUAGAAAAUUGGUCACAUGGCCAUGGAAUUUUGUAUUUGGAUUACAAAGCUUUUAAACAGUGUAACAUAUUUACAACUUUACUGCAAGAACAAUAUUUGCAGCAUCAAGUCUUAUUCCAUUUUUAAGUAAAUUCUAAUGCAUUAUUAUAAUAGCAACUUACAAUACACAUCAAUUUGCUUAUGCAGAAAACUCAGUCAGAUUAACAAGAUAUAGAAAUUAUCAUGAUGAUAUUAUCUGAUA